UUGACCGAGGAGAAAGGGAGCCGAAGAAAAGUCACACUUUCCUUCCACCUUCUUCCCCUCUGAGAAAAUCUCCUGCCAUAAAAGGGAGCCCCCAAUCCUUACCCCCUUCCUCAAUACCUUCAAGUCGAGGUCUUCUCCUCUUCUCAGCUCAUUCCUUCCCCUCACUCUGUCUUGGUCUCUGACCCACAAACACUGACCCCAAAAGAACUCGGGUUGGUUCAAAGGUACAAUUUUGCCUUUCAAUCUCCACCAUGGACGGUGAAUACCUUAAGAAGAACGACGGGUCGCCCGCAAAAGGCUCGCUCUUGCUUGAACUGGCUGCCUCGGAUGGUCUCCUGGACUUCAAGAGGGAGGUCGAAGAGAAGGGUUGUGAUAUCGAUGGGGCCGGGUUGUGGUACGGCCGAAGAAUCGGCUCGAAGAAGAUGGGGUUUGAGGAGAGGACUCCUCUCAUGAUUGCUUCCUUGUUUGGGAGCAUUAGGGUCUUGAAGUACAUGCUUGGGACGGGGAGAAUCGAUGUCAGUCAAGCUUGUGGAUCUGAUAAGGUAACCGCCCUUCACUGUGCGGUUGCCGGUGGGUCAGGCUCCUCAGUCGAGGCCGUGAAGCUGUUGCUCGAUGCUUCUGCUGAUGUUAAUUGUGUAGAUGGGAAUGGAAACAAACCAAUCGAUGUAAUUGCUUCUUCCUUCAAGUCAAACUGCUAUUCUUCUCGGAGGAAGGCGGUGGAGUUAUUGCUGGGAGGUCACAGGAGUCUUGAUGGGGAAGCUGUGGAUUCAAGCUCUGAAUCUGAUGCAGAAGAGAAGGUGGCCUCGAAAAAGGAAUACCCAGUUGAUAUUUCCCUUCCUGACAUAAACAACGCGAUUUUCAGCACGGAUGAGUUUAGAAUGUACACUUUCAAGGUGAAGCCAUGCUCCAGGGCCUAUUCCCACGAUUGGACUGAGUGUCCGUUCGUGCACCCAGGGGAGAACGCAAGGAGGCGGGACCCAAGGAAGUAUCCCUACACCUGUGUCCCAUGCCCCGAGUUCCGAAAGGGGGGGUCAUGCCCAAAAGGGGACUCGUGUGAGUAUGCCCACGGGGUCUUCGAGUCGUGGCUCCACCCUGCCCAAUACCGGACUCGUCUCUGCAAGGAUGAGACUGGCUGCUCCCGGAAGGUCUGCUUCUUUGCCCACAGGCCUGAGGAGUUGAGGCCUGUAUAUGCCUCCACAGGCUCCGCCUUGCCUUCACCAAAAUCUUAUUCCGCUGGUGCCCUCGACAUGGGCUCCAUCCCCGCGAUCUCUCUUGGGUUGCCUGCUGCCACCUCAACGCCACCCAUGUCUCCCCUGGCAGGGGCAUCUCCAUCCCCGAAGAGCGCGAACCUUUGGCAGAACAAGGUAAAGCUCACCCCACCGACCCUGCAGCUCCCAGGAAGCAGACUGAAGACCGCUCUGAGUGCCAGGGACUUGGGCCUGGAGAUGGAGUUGAUGGAAGAGAUACCUCGUCUCUCCUCACCCUCGCACUUUGCUCUAUCGGGAGAUUUAAAGCCCACUAACCUUGAUGACAUCUUUGGGUCCAUUGAUUCUCCUAUGCUGUCUCAACUGCAAGGAAUGUCCCUGAAACAGUCGACACCAACCCAGUUGCAGUCUCCUACCGGGCUUCAGAUCCGCCGCUCGAGCUACCCAAGCAAUAAUCUUCCUUCAUCACCUGUAAGGAAGCACUCUCCUCCUUUCGGAUUUGACUCCUCCAGUGCCGUGGCAACUGCAGUCAUGAAUUCCCGAUCCGCCGCCAUGACCAAGCGGAGCCAGAGCUUCAUCGACCGAGGUGCAAUGACUCAGAAUUCCAUUCCUGCCCCAAUUAAGCCCUCUAACUUCUCAGACUGGGCCUCACCCAAUGGGAAGUUGGACUGGGGCGUUCAUGGAGACGAGCUCAACAAACUCAGGAAGUCCGCGUCCUUCGGUUUCAGGAGUAACAGCAACACAGCCGCUUCCAUGGGGCCUGCAGCAUUGGAUGAGCCCGAUGUUUCCUGGGUCAACACGCUGGUUAAGGAUGUUCCUCCCGCUAAUGCCGGAGUCUGGGGGGCGGAGAGCCAACAAUACAUAAAUCGCGGGAAAGGUGCCCGUGAGAUGUUCUCGCCCUGGGGGGAGCAGCUGUACAUAGAACCCGAGCAGAUGGUGGCGUAAAUAUGAACGGUUUCCGCCUCCGCCUCCACCUGAUAAAGUUGCUGACUGAUUUGAUAUUCUUUAUAUUCUUGUCAAGCGUUUUCGAUAAUCUCGUAGUAUGAUAGGUAAAACAAGUUAGAAGGAGAAACAGAAAUAGAGAAAGCAAACCAGAUUUCAACUCCAGAAAGACUUUAGUUUCUAUUUAGUCUUUCAUUUGGGGCAGGAAGGAUGAGAAUUGCUGAUGAGUUUGUAAGCCAAUUAUGAUUUGGCCUAAUAUUGUUUUAUUUAUUCUUUUCCGUCUGAUAUGUAAUCUUGGUUUCUCAUGUAAACAAUUUAUCAUGAAUCAUGAAUCAACAUAAGUUCUGCAUA